UCUGCGAGGAGUUGUGGAGCUUCUUAAGCGCAGAAGAGAGAGUGAGAGAGGGAUCUCCCGGCCAUUUGAGGUUGCAGAGUGAUAGAGAGAGGAGAGAGAAAAUAAAAUAUGGCAGCUUCAUCGUCAAAGCUCCUUUCAUCCCCCUCUUUUAGAGGAAUAGGAAGAGAGAGAAUUGCAGCAUCGGCCUCAAAUCUCCGCCCGUCUCCCUCUCUCUUAGUCAGAGGGAGAGAGAGAGUCUCACUCUCUGGUCAACUAGGAAUCGGCUCAUCAAUCUUGAGGCACGGCAACCCUAGGACGCUUGCAUCUUCACAGGUUAGGGCUUCCUUAGAGGCGAAGCCCACGGUUUUGGUGGCGGAGAAGCUGGGUGAAGCCGGUCUGGAGCUGUUGAGGAGCUUUGCAAAUGUGGACUGCUCUUACAACCUGACGCAGGAGGAGCUGUGUACCAAGAUCUCCCUGUGCGACGCGCUCAUCGUGCGCAGUGGCACCAAGGUGACCAGGGAGGUCUUCGAGUCAUCCAGGGGGAGGCUGCGGGUUGUAGGGAGGGCUGGUGUGGGGAUCGAUAAUGUUGAUUUGAGCGCCGCUACGGAGCAUGGGUGCCUGGUCGUCAAUGCUCCCAAUGCCAACACUGUGGCGGCUGCUGAACAUGGCAUUGCUUUGGUUGCUGCUAUGGCCCGUAACAUUGCGCAAGCUGAUGCCUCCAUGAAAUCUGGAAAAUGGCAAAGGAACAAGUAUGUAGGGGUUUCUCUCGUUGGAAAGACACUUGCUGUUUUAGGGUUUGGCAAGGUUGGAACAGAAGUUGCAAGGCGUGCCAAGGGGCUUGGAAUGAAUGUUAUUGCCCAUGAUCCAUAUGCUCCUGCUGAUCGUGCUCGUGCCAUUGGCGUGGAGCUGGUCACCUUUGAUGAGGCCAUAUCUAGAGCAGAUUUCAUUUCACUCCAUAUGCCUCUCACGCCUGCUACAUCAAAGAUUCUGAAUGAUGAGACAUUUGCAAAGAUGAAGAAAGGAACACGCAUUGUUAAUGUUGCUCGUGGUGGUGUCAUUGAUGAAGAAGCAUUGUUGAGGGCGCUCGAUACUGGCAUUGUUGCCCAGGCAGCCCUUGAUGUGUUCACUGAGGAGCCCCCUCCCAAAGAUAGCAAAUUGGUGCAGCAUGAGAAUGUGAUUGUCACACCCCAUCUUGGUGCAAGCACUGCUGAAGCUCAGGAAGGGGUGGCCAUUGAAAUUGCUGAGGCUGUUGUUGGGGCCUUGAAAGGGGAGCUCGCUUCAACUGCAGUAAAUGCACCCAUGGUUCCUGCAGAGAUUUUAUCAGAACUUGCACCGUUUGUUGUGCUGGCUGAGAAGCUUGGCAGACUAGCUGUCCAAUUAGUUGCUGGAGGAAGUGGAGUGAAAUCAGUGAAGGUGACCUAUGCAUCAGCUCGGGCUCCCGACGAUCUCGACACCCGAGUACUUCGUGCCAUGAUCACAAAAGGGUUGAUCGAACCAAUUUCAAAUGUGUUUGUGAACCUCGUGAAUGCUGACUUCACAGCAAAACAGAGGGGCCUUCGCAUAACAGAGGAGCGCAUCUUAUUAGAUGGAUCUCCUGAGAGUCCCUUGGAAUUCAUCCAAGUUCAGAUUGCGAAUGUGGAGUCGAAAUUUGCUAGUGCCAUAUCGGAGGCUGGUGAAAUCAAAGUGGAAGGGAGGGUGAAAGAUGGGAUCCCACAUCUCACUAAGGUGGGUUCGUUUGAGGUAGAUGUGAGCUUAGAGGGGAGCCUUAUUCUUUGCAGGCAGGUUGAUCAGCCUGGUAUGAUUGGUAGGGUGGGGAGCAUCUUGGGUGAGGAGAAUGUUAAUGUGAGCUUCAUGAGUGUGGGAAGGAUUGCACCAAGGAAGCACGCAGUGAUGGCCAUUGGUGUGGAUGAAGAGCCCAACAAGGAAACUCUCAAGAAAAUUGGGGAAAUACCUGCUGUUGAAGAGUUUGUUUUCCUCAACUUGUAGCAGCCUCAACACUACUCUUUUUGUUCGGCCAAUUUUGAAGAAGAGACGGUAGUCUGUUUGGUUGUGUGCUAUCAUUUUUUCCCAACUGUUUUAAUAUUGAGGACGGUGUUGCUCGUUUGGAACGAUUUGUUACCUCUUCGAAGUUAUGGGUAUUUUCUUGUGGUGCCAUCAGUGUGUUGAUUGGUUUGUUAGUUAUGGAGUUUUUGUAGUAAUGUUGUUUUGAUAUCAUUCUCUUUUAGCAACCGUUGUUUAGGAUUUGCAUCUUAACCAAAACAAAGAGAGGUAAGGAUCCGUAGUCUAUUUUGCUUUCCUUGUAAUUUGAUCGAGGAAAGAGUGUGUUACUACAUUCAAGAUUGAAAAUUCACAGUUCUGAUGACA